ACUAGUAUAUAAGACGUGUAAACUCGAUUCUACCUUCUCAUAGAUGAAGGUUGACAUUGUCGAUAACAAGUCACCCUACAUUGGUGACCCGGACAGGGACUUAUUUUAUGUUUGGUUAUUCUGUAAAUUCGUAACAUUAUUGAUGAUUACUUGCUUUUUUCAUUAGAAAGUUUUCUUUUUUCGUAUCAUUAUUGACAAAUUCCUGAUAUUUUUAUUAGGAAAUUUUCCCUUUUCUUAUCAUUAUUAAUGUAUCAGUACAUUAAGGAAUGCCUGUUGUUCUUAAUAGCAAAGAGAUCUGUGAUCCUCAUGGUGCUGGUGGAAUUCCCAUGUGUCCGCAAUGUGAUAGACGCUGUGAUUACUGGGAGCUGAAAGAAGGAUGCUUGUUUAGCAGAAUUGUGCAUUUGUUUGAUAAUUCGGCAACUGUUGGGUUUGCAGUUUUCAUGUCAUUAUGGGCUACUAUGUUUAUGGAGUUUUGGAAAAGAAAACAAGCAACAUUAGCCUGGGAAUGGAAUUUAGCUGAUUUAGAUUAUGGAAUGGAACAAAUUAGGCCUGAAUACGAAACUUCUGUUAAACAUUACCGCCUUAAUCCAGUUACAAUGGCAAUCGAGCCAUUUCUUCCAUUUUGGAGUAAAGUUUAUAGAAUAGCAGCAGCACAUUCAGCCGUUCUUUUUGUGUUAAGCCUCCUGUUGGCAACUGUCUUCGGAAUGAUUGUAUAUAGAAUCAUUCUGGUGACAGUGCUGAUGGCAAGUGAUAACGAUAUCUGGAAAACAUACGCCAAGAUCACUACUUCCAUCACAGCAUCAUCACUCAAUCUUGUCGUCAUCAUCAUCAUGGACAAGGUUUACAGAGAACUUACUGCCAAAUUAACAAACUUAGAACAACCUCGCACACAAAGAGAAUAUGAAGAUAGCUUCACUUUUAAGAUGUUUUUAUUUGAAUUCAUUAACAUGUACUCUUCACUCAUCUAUAUUGCAUUUUUCAAAGGCCGAUUUUUUGGUCAUCCAGGAAAAACGUUUACUUUAUUUGGUUAUCGUCAAGAUCAGUGUGAGCUUGGAGGAUGCCUUUUUGAAGUGUGUGUUCAGUUAGCAAUUAUAAUGGUUGGAAAACAAAUAUUGAACAAUAUUUCAGAGCUUUCUUGGGCGGAAGUGAUGAAUUGGUGGAAACGUUGGUGGAGAACAAGGGAUGGUCCAAAAGACAGAAAGGCCACCACUCGUUGGGAAAUCGAUUAUAAUUUACUCGAAUGUGAUCAUAUGGCAUUGUUUGAUGAAUAUCUGGAAAUGGUCAUACAAUUUGGAUUUGUAACAUUGUUUGUUGCUGCUUUUCCGCUUGCUCCACUGUUUGCCCUUUUGAAUAACAUCGUUGAAAUCCGAUUAGAUGCUUACAAGUAUGUUACACAACUCAGAAGGCCUUUAUCUGCACGAGUACCGAAUAUCGGUGCCUGGCAAACGAUUUUAAAAGGUUUAUCAGUAUUUGCCGUCAUCAGUAACGCAUUUAUGAUCGCGUACACGAGCGACUUCAUUCCCCGCUUGGUGUACGUGUUUGUAACGAGCGAGAAUCGAACCCUGGACGGAUACAUCAACAAUUCUCUGUCAAUAUUCCGUACAAGUGAUUUCAAUAAUAUUACAGCUCCCGAAAUGCCUGAUAUUAAAGGAAAGAUGAUCGAUAUAUGCAGAUAUCAAGAUUACCGAAAUCCUCCAGAACACCCACGUGCUUAUGAACUCAACAUGCGAUAUUGGCACAUAUUUGCUGCAAGAUUAAGCUUUGUUGUCGUAUUUGAGCACCUCGUCUUCUUUGUGACAGGCAUCUUAGCCUGGAUGAUACCAGACAUUCCUAAAUCGGUUCAACAGAAGAUAAUGAGGAAGCGCUAUCUGGCUAGAGAGGCCUUGUACAAAACUGAAGCUGAGGAAGCCAGAACAGUUCUGGAGACCUCGGCACAUGAACUGGCCCCCGAUGGAGACUCUGUGGUGCUGCCAUGCUGACGAAAGCCUCGCAAUUCCUUUCAUCCAUAUUGAAGUCAAAUCAUAAAUAUCACAAUCAAAAGCCACUCGCACAGAUUUUAAUUUCCGUUGGACAAAUCUGAUUGCAUAACUUUGAGUUGCAGAAGAUUUUUAGCUUCGUGCAAAUGUGAUUAGCAUUUGCAAAGUAAAUUUCACUCAAUUUUUAAAACAGUAUAGAUUUAGCUGUGAAAAAAGAAAUACUUAUAUUUUUAUAUCCUUAUUCAAUCAGUAUUAAUACGAAGGUACUUUGAAUGUCGCAGAAGUACUUAACUCACUUCUAAGACUACUAAUUGCUUUAUAGAAAAUUUUGCGUGGAUUUCGAUUGAUAGCGCAUAUUUAGACAAUUACUGAAACAAAGUACUAUCCUGUGCUGAUUGUGUAAAAUCCAUAGACUAAUAAGAUUUAUAGACAUCUUGCAUAGUGCUAAAAUUAUCCACAAAGGCGGAAUAAUAGGCUAGGUUUACUAAUAAUCGCUUUGGCAAAAAUACAUUUAAAAUAUUUUCUCGAUAAUUCGAACAAAACUUUACAAUAAUAGGUAUUAUAAAUAAACAAAAUGGCAUUAGGUCAGAGUAAUGCUAAACUUCAUUAAAAAUCUGUAUUGUUAAUUACUUUAACACAAUAUUAACUUUUUUAAUGUUUAAUAAAAAACUAGAAUAAGUAUUUUGGAUUCAGAUGUAAAUAGAUAGAAAUAUAUGAAAUCUACAGUUUAACUCAUUAAUUUAAUUGAUGAUAAGGAAUUACUUUAAAGAAAACAUUGCGUGGUUUUCGAGAGAUCUCGCAUAUUUAGACAUUAACUCAAGAAAGUACUAUAUUGUGCUGAUCGUGUUAAAUCCUUAGACUUAUAAUAUAGGAAGAUACUCCACAUAGUGUUAAUAUUGUUCACAAAGAAGUAAUAAUAAGCAAUAUUUACUAUGAAUCGCUUUGGCAAAAAUACAUUGAAAAAUAUUUUCUCGAGCAAACUUUACAAGGAUAGGUAUUAAAAAUAAUUUAAAUGCCAUCAGAUUUGAAUGGCAGAAACUUUUCUAAAAAUCAGUGUUACGAAUUACUUUAACGAAAUAUUAAGUUUGUUUUAUGCUUACUUGAAAAAUAGGAUAAAUAUUUAUUAUUCAAAUAUAGAUUGGCUAAAAAAAUAUGAAAUCUGCAGUCUAACUCAUUUAUUUAAUUGAUGAUAAGGAAUUACCUUAAAGAAAACAUUGCGGGGUUUUCGACAGAUUACACAUAUUUGAACAUUUGCUAAACAAAGCGCUAUGCAGUGGUGAUCGUGUUAGUUCCAUAGACUAAUUAUAUAGACACCUCGCAUAACGUUAAAAUUUCCACAACGAAGAAACAAUAAACAGCAUUUACUGGUUAACGUUUUGGCAAAAAUACAUUGAAAAAUAUUAUCUCGAACAAAGCUUAACAAUAAUAGGUAUUAUAAAUAAUUAAAUGGCGUCUACAGCCGAAUCGUGCCAAUAUUAACAACCGAUAAUUAGCUUCAAAAUUCAAUGUAGCUUUAGCAUACAUAUAAUCAACAAUGUUUCGUCAUGCGUUUCGCUCAGAUUUACGUAAUGCUAAACUUCAGCCAACAGGAGACCCACGAUGAGCUGUCUAGCAUAUAUUAGUCAAUGGUUAGACAUAUUUAGUGAGGAAAUAAAUUUUAUUUUAUAUUGAAUUAAUAACCUUGACUAGUUAUUAAGGAAUCAUUUUCUUUUUAAUCGGAUUGGAAGAAAGCUGAACGAAAUCUUUCUCAAAUACUUACUGCACACAUUACAAAAGUUAUUUUUCAAUUUAUUUUAAACUUUUGUUUUGACGAAAUAGGAAAUCUAAGAAAGGGUUUACUUAGGUAGAAUUACUAUUUUAAAGAAUAACUAUUGAAAUUUUAUGCCAAUUUAUUAACUUUUAUAUAAGCUAAUCUUUUGUAAGAAUUUUAAAAAAAAUUCGAAAGAAAAAAGUGGUUUAAGAUUAAAUUACACAUAUUUUGUAUCUGGUUUAAAUAAAUCUAAUUUCCAUUUCAUAAAUGAGAUAUGCGAAUCUCUAUCGCACUUAAAAAAAUGUUUUAUUUAAAAACAUGUAAAAAUGAGAAGAGAAAAAUGUUUUCUAAAUUUCUAGAAUGCUCCUUAAUAUUUUUCUUUAAAGUAAACACCUUCAUUUAAAAAAUACACAAAUUUUAUUCAUUUAUUUCAUAAAUACGCUACAUGCUUCCUUUUUUUCAUUUAAUAAAAAAUAUGAUGCGAUCGUUAUAUUGCUUACUGCCUUUAAUAUUAAAAAAAAAUUUCAUUCCUUCAAUUUCAUAUAUUUCUUUGAAAUAAAAAUUAGGAAAAUUAUUAUUUUGUUAAAUCAUAUGUUUAAAAAUUACAUGUUUCAAAAAAUUAUAUGUUUUGUUGAGUUCAAGCAAAUUUUUGUGUUAAAGAUAUCAUCAAAAAUGUUAAAGAUGAUUUACGAAUGUUAAUGAAAUGUUAAAGAUAAAUUACGAUUUAAAGAUAUCAUCAGAAAUGUUAAAAGAUAACUUUCCGUAUUUGCGUUAAGGAUAUCUUUAAUCUAGUUUUAGUUUAUCAUCACUCAUAAUAAGACCUCGAAAUGAUUGGUUCAGCUCUGAGCUGUAAUAAUUAUUUAUUAGUUAGAGUUUAUAAUAUCAAGUAAUAAAAAGCAUUAAAUUUAAAAAUU